UCUUGGCUUCGGUCGUGGCGGAGACGUGUCGUGGCAUGUGUUCUAGAGCCGAGACAACCAUGUUCAGAUCGAACACCAAAACCUUGAAUAGAGAACUGGAGAGAUUAAAGAAGGUGCGGAGCAAGGUCCAUGAAGAUCUUAAUAAAUUAGGGAAUCAAGAGAAAUCUUUUAAGCAAAAGAUUAUGAUAUGGCUAAGAAAGGUCGAAGAGAAUGUGUCUAUAGGAGAGAUGAUGCUGGAAAAGCGCUCUUCAUGUGCUAUAUUGGUUAGUGACAAAAGUGUUGCGGUUCUUGAGGAGAUCAAAAGACUGGAGGAGCAAGGUCAUGAGCUCUUAAUUGAGACUUCCGUGGUCGAGUCACCUACAGAAAGAGUCGAACUGGUCUUAGGACCUUCAUUGACGAAGAAGGAGAAUGUUCAAAAGAUUGGUGUUUGGAGUAUGGGAGGUGUCGGGAAGACAACACUUAUCAGGACACUUAACAAUGAACUCUUUAAACAGGGUGGUACUCAACAGUUUGCUUUGGUAGUUUGGGUGACAGUGUCCAAAGAGUUUGACUUGAGAAAGAUCCAGAUGGACAUAGCCACAAGGAUGGGAAUAACUCUUACGAGCAACGAAAGGGAGGACAUAGGCAAAACUAUUCAUGAUAGGCUAGCAAAACUGAGAAGCUUCCUCCUUAUUCUCGACGAUGUUUGGAAGCCCAUCGAUUUAGACAGUUUGGGCAUUCCAUCAGCAUCAGAAGGAUUCAAGGAUUUCAAGGUUGUUCUAACUUCAAGGAGACUAGAAGUGUGUCAACAAAUGAUGACGGAUGAAAACAUAAGAGUUGAUGGAUGCUUACAAGAGAAAGAAGCAUGGGAAUUAUUUUGCCACAACGCCGGAGUAUUAGCAAACUCUGACGAGGUGAAGCCCCUUGCAAUGGAUGUUUCCCGUGAAUGUGGUGGAUUGCCUCUGGCUAUCAUCACAAUAGGAAGGGGUUUGCGUGGAAAAUGUCAAGUCGAGGUUUGGAAACAUGCCUUGAAAAUGCUAAAGAGCUCGGCACCUUCUAUCGACACUGAAGAAAAGAUAUUUGGGACUUUGAAACUCAGCUAUGACUUUCUACAAGACAAGACAAAAGACUGCUUCCUUUUCUGCGCAUUAUUUCCGGAGGACUUCUCGAUUAAAGUAAGUGAAUUAAUAAUGCACUGGGUCGUGGAAGGAUUCUUGGAUGAACAGCAACCUUACGAGGAUUUGAUGAACGAGGGAGUUGCUUUGGUUGACAGAUUGAAGGACUCGUGCUUGUUAGAAGAUGGUGAUAGUGCUGAUACAGUUAAAAUGCAUGACGUUGUACGUGAUUUUGCCAUAUGGAUCAUGUCUCCUCCGAAUGAAGGAUGCCGUUCUCUUGUUAUGGCCGGGAGAGGUCUAAGAGAAAUUCCACAACAUAAGUUUGUUCCUUCGCUCCAGAGAAUUUCUUUAAUGGCCAAUAAGCUCAAUACGCUACCUGAUCAUGUAGUCGAGUGUGUGGAAACAUCGGUUUUACUACUACAGAAGAAUACUUAUAUUAAGGAAGUUCCUCAUGGAUUCUUACAAGCAUUUCCAAACCUUAGAAUCUUGGAUCUUAGCGGUGUUCGCAUAAGAACCUUGCCUGACUCCGUUUUGAAUCUUCAUAAUUUGCGGUCUCUGGUGUUAAGAAACUGUAAGUCCUUGAGAAACAUGCCUUCGCUAGAAUCCCUUGUCAAACUUCAGAUUCUUGAUCUACAUGAGUCUGCUAUAAAGGAACUUCCGAGAGGUUUUGAAGCAUUGAUCAGCUUAAGAUACAUUUUCCUUUCCAACACACAUCAACUCCAGAGCAUUCCAGCUGGGACAAUUCUAGGGUUAUCAAGUUUGGAGGUUCUAGACAUGGCAGGCAGUGGUUAUAGAUGGGGAUUUAAGGGACAAGAAAGAGAAGGGCAAGCAACACUUGAAGAGGUUACAUGCCUCCCUCAGUUGCAGUUUCUUGCCAUUAAGCUCCUCGAUGUAUUGUCUUUUUCCUAUGAGUUUAAUUCUCUUAUAAAAAGGCUAAGGACAUUCCAACUGUUAUUUUCUCCAAUACUAUCAGCUUUACCUCGUGGGACCGGCAAGGGUUGCGUAGCUAUCAGUAAUGUCAAUGUCUCAGAAGCAUCUAUAGGGUGGCUGCUAGUACAUGUAACCUCGCUAUGUUUAAUGCACUCUGAGGGUCUUAAUGCUAUGUUCAAGAACUUGGUAACCAAGAGCAAGAUUAGCUUUGUUGCGGUGAAAUCUCUAUCACUUCACCACUGUCCCAGCCUAAGCUUUUCCGGUGGUUAUAAGGCCAAACAAGAUCUCUUCCUGAAUCUUGACGAAAUUUCAUUGGUCAAUGUCAAUCUGAAAAGUAUUGGAGAACUUAAUGAUUUCCUCGGGUUAAGAUUUAAGAAACUAAAACUGCUUCAUGUUUUUGACUGCCGACAGCUAAAAUAUCUUUUCUCAUACAAAACCUUAGCAGGUUCUCUGCCUAACCUGGAAGAGAUAAAAGUUAGAUCAUGCAGGAUUUUGGUGGAGCUGUUCAAAUUUUCUUCAGAGCCAGUUCGUGUUUCGACAGAGUCUUUGUUACCUAAGCUAAGUGUCAUUAGACUCGACCAUCUUCCCCAGUUGCGUAGGGUAUGCAGCAAUGGAGCUGUGCUCAAACACCUGAAACAGUUAGAAGUUAAGAGUUGUAAACCACUUCAAAAUGAUGGUAGGGUCGUGGAAGAAUUAGAUUGGUCCUUGAUUGACGUCCCACCAUUCCCUUAA